AUGACCACGGACAACAUCUACCGCACGGACGAGAAGGGUAUCAAGCCCGACGUGGAGGGCGACAUCGAACUGGGUCCGGACGGCAGUACUGACGAGUUCGCCCUCCUCGCGGCUCAGGAGGAAGGACACGACAUCAAGUUCCGCACACUUACAUGGCAAAAGGCGACACUCCUCCUGUUUGCCGAGUAUGUGUGUCUCGCGAUCCUGGCUUUACCCUGGAGCUUUAGCGUGCUGGGAUGGGUGGCUGGUCUGAUCGUCCAGAUCGGGAUGGGUCUUUUGACUUGGUACACGUCCUACAUCUUGUGGAAGUACAUGAUGAAGCAUCCGCAUGCGCGCGACGUCGCUGAGAUCGCAUGUGAACUCGUGCCCUCCUGGGCACGGCGGGGGGUUUACGAAGCCACAAUGGCCAUGCUUAUCAUCAACAACAUUAUGAUUAUUGGUUUUCACGUCUUCACCGGCGCCAAAAUCCUCAAUACCCUCUCGGACCAUUCGACAUGUACAGUCGCGUUUCAGGGCGUCGCUGCGAUCAUUGGCGUGGUAGUCAGCAUUCCACGCACGCUCAACCACGUCACGUCCAUGGGGGUGUUUAGCGCCGUCUGUAUGGGGACUGCCAUCCUCUUGUGUCUCAUCUUCUCGGGGAUCCAACCUCACCCUGGCAAGGGUUAUGGAGGAACCUACCCCGCACUGGGCGAGGUUUAUACGACCGCGGGGUUGCCUGGCAAUCCAGGGUUCGUAAAUGGUCUCAACGCCGUGUUGAAUAUCACGUUCUUGUGGAUCGGGCAAAUCCUUUACCCCUCCUUCAUUGCCGAGAUGAAGGAGCCACGCGACUUCCCCAAAGCGCUCGCGGCUCUGACCCUGCUCGAGAUGAUACUCUUCCUCGUCGUCUCGGUUGUCGGAUAUCAUUACCUGGGACAAUACGCUGAGGCGCCGUUAGUGGGAUCUUUGCUUGAGGUGAAACAUCGCAAAGCAGCCUUCGCGUUCGUCAUCGUACCGACUGUGAUUAUCGGCGCGAUAUACUCCAAUGUCACCGUCAAGGUCCUCCAUCGCCGCAUCCUGGGUUCCGAAAGUAGGCACAUGCACGCCAAUACGACGAUUGGAUGGCUGUGGUGGGUCGUCAUCACGGCGGUCGUGUGGGGCAUCGGCUUCGCCCUCGGGAACGUCAUCCCGUCGAUGGGCGACUUCCUUAGCAUCAUGAGCGCGGCGUUCGACUCGUUCUUCGGAUUCAUCUUUUGGUCCGCAGCCUACUUCCACCUAUACCGGGGCCGCCUCUUUUCUGGCGUGUUCCAAACCCUCAUGACGCUCCUUAACAUCUUCAUCUUUUUCAUUGGCCUGUUCAUGCUCGGACCGGGGAUGUACACGUCCGUUGACGCGAUUAAAACCGACUACUCGGGAGCCGUGAAAUCGCCAUUUGCAUGCGACGACAAUGGCCUCUAG